CCCGCUGAAGUGUUAUUAUCCUUUUACUCCAGCAAAUACUUGACAUCUCAAGACAAGACAUUUCUUCAUAAGGCACAAUGGAGCAACCGCUGCUUACACUAUCUCAGCUGAUGGAGACAUUCCAUAGCAGGAUGAGUAAUUUUGAAGCUCAAUUGCAAAAGACUCAGAAUGCACCUAACACCACCACCACCACCACCAACACUGUGUGUCUAGCUAGUGAAUUUGCAUCUUUCAAGUCCUUCACGUUGGAGUCAUUAAAUGCACUACGGUCACAAAUCCAUUGAGUUGCAAAGACAGUUGAUCAAGUGGUAAUGAAUGGCCGAAGAAAGGUGUUAAUGAUUCAUGGCAUUCCUGAAGAUACCUCUCAGCUUAUGUCAAGGGUUGUUCUUGACAAAUUAAAAGCUGAUGGUUUUACAAUCGGGGAUAUUAAAGACUCGUACAGGCUGCGUCAAUCCAGUAACCACAAUAAGCCUCGGCCUAUUAUUGCUAAAUUUCAGUUGAAUAGUACUCGAAACAGGAUUUGGUCCAGCAAGUCAAAGCUGAAGAAUACUGGUAUAACUUUAUCUGAAUACUUGACGCAUUCUCGUCGCACUGUAUUCAUGGCUGCCCGCGAAAAGUAUGGAAUCAAUAGAUGUUGGACUCGUGAUGGCGUCAUACCCGUGCUUGGCCUUAACAAUACCCGGCAUCGCAUCACAUACAUGGAAGAGUUACAUUCGAUUGACUCCGAGCCUGCCAACUCUGUGGCUUCUCUGAAAACCGCACCCAAAACACGACGGAUUGCAGCCACAAAGAAUGUACACGAUCUUGCAUUCAUUCAUUUUCUUGUCUUUAUAUUUUGCAAAUCCUUUAAUUUUUUCCCUACUCUUAAUUGUUUGUUAUUAUAUUAAUUUAGUUAACACUAGCGGGUGGUAUAUGGUGUACUCUUAUACUC